AUGUGCCAUCCUGCGACAGAACUUCCGACACUCGCGCCUUCCUCGUUCUUCGUCGACCAGCUGAGCGCUGGCAUUCCGCUCCUGCGACUCCUACAGCCCCGCCCACGCGUCGUCUUCUACUGCCACUUUCCAGACAAGCUACUGGCGAAGAAGGGCGGAUUACUAAAGACACUGUACCGUGGGCCUUUUGAUUGGCUGGAGAGCUGGAGCACAGGAUGCAGCGAUACCAUUGUCGUCAACAGCAAUUUCACCAAGAGCAUCUUUGGCGAGGCCUUCCCUAGCUUGAAACACCGCGAGCCAGGCGUUGUAUAUCCCUGUGUAGACAUUCACGCAGGCGAGUCGGCCGAGGAAGUCACGCCACUAUGGAAGAACAAAAAGGUGCUGCUCAGCAUAAACCGCUUUGAGAAGAAGAAGGACGUAGCGCUUGCAAUCAGAGCAUUUGCGGGCUUGUCGCCCAAGGAGCGCGAGGAUGCGCGUCUGGUGGUUGCAGGUGGUUAUGAUCCUAGAGUGGCCGAAAACGUCUCGACAUAUACCGAGCUAUGUGAACUAGCAGAUUCACUCAAGCUGAAGCACGCGACUGCCAAGACCGUCAUCACUGCCCAGGCCAUCCCUGACGAUAUCUCGGUUCUCUUCCUUCAUUCCGUCCCGAAUGCCUUCAAAGCCACGCUACUAUCUACCUCCCGUCUCCUCGUGUACACCCCCUUACAUGAGCACUUUGGCAUCGUACCACUAGAAGCCAUGCUAGUAGGCACACCGGUUCUAGCAGCCAACGAGGGCGGGCCCACCGAGACUGUCAUAAGCGGACAGACAGGUUGGUUGCGAGACGUCACCAAGGUACAAGACUGGACCGAGGUCAUGCGCAUUGCGCUCGAAGAUGGCGAAGGCGAGGAAAGACUAAAGGAGAUGGGUAAGUGGGGUAGGGACAGAGUCGUGGCAGAGUUCUCCAAAGAGAAGUUGGCCGAGCGACUGGAGACGGAAAUUCGCGGCAUGAUGCAGAAAAGCAUUCGCCCGCCGCUGAUUCCGUUUGCUGCAGUCAUAUUGGCUGUAGGCUUGAUGGGUGCCCUGGCCGCUGUGAGCAUGAUACUAGCUCUGAAACGGUAG